UGUGUCUCUUCGUGCUGGUCCCAAGCCCAGAUAAAUGGGGAGGGUUAUGUCAGGAAGGGCAUCCGGUGUAAAUUUUUGCCAAAUCAAUAUGCAGACAACAAUACAAAUUUCCAUACCAGAUCAGUCGAGCCCCGGGUUAACAACGACCGCCACCAGUACUGUUAGCCAACAGGGUGCUGGUGGAAAUUGGGCUACUGUUGGCCGAAGAAGGAGAAGAAGACGGGGGAGACAUGUCUGGAGGCAGGAGGAGAGGAGGAAAGUAAAGAGAGUGGAACUGAGGGUAGGAACUUUGAAUGUUGGCAGUAUGACUGGUAAGGGGAGAGAGUUAGCAGAUAUGAUGAAGAGAAGGAAGGUUGAUAUAUUGUGCAUGCAAGAGACUAAAUGGAAGGGGAGUAAGGCCAGCUGGAUUGGAGGUGGAUUGAAAUUGUUCUAUCAUGGUGUGGAUGGGAGGAGAAAUGGGGUAGGAGUUAUUUUGAAGGAACAGUAUGUCAAGAGUGUUUUGGAGGUGAAAAGAGUGUCAGGCAGAGUAAUGAUUAUGAAGCUGGAAAUUGGAGGUGUGAUGAUGAAUGUUGUUAGUACAUAUGCACCACAAGUUGGGUGUGCAAUGGGUGAGAAAGAAGAUUUUUGGAGUGAGUUGGAUGAAGUGAUGAAUAGUGUACCCAAGGGAUGGAAAGUGGUGAUUGGAGCGGAUUUCAAUGGGCAUGUUGGUGAAGGGAACAAUGGAGACAAGGAUGUGUUGGGUAGGUAUGGUGUCAAGGAGAGGAAUGAAGAAGUUGGUGCCACUGUUCCAGUUCCAAGCAGUUCUCCUGCCUAUGGAAAUGUCACCUCAGAUAAAGGAAAAUCAUCAGCUUGA